AUCAUUAUGAACUCAGCAGAAAAUCGUACAUUAGCACUGAGUAGUUCAUAGAGAAAAGUAACAAAACUUAACCAGCAAAAAUGUUCAAUUUAUUCGAUUUGGAGGAGCAAUAUCGGCGAUUGCCACACAUCAAACGGGACGAGGUAAAAAAGCUGCUGGAAUGGGUGUUGAUGCAACCCCAUCUACCGAAAAUUACGGAACACGAAGCUUUGAUAUUUUUCUAUGCCUGUGAUUGUCGCAUGGAGUAUGCCAAGCAAGUGAUCGAUUUGAAUUACACCUGUCGUACGCACUUUGAUGAGUUUUUCGGCAAUGUUGAUGUCGAGUCGGCAGAUAUCAAACAGAUUCGUAGUGUUGUGGCUAGUGUACCGCUGCAACAAAGAACUCCCGAAGGAUAUUUAGUCGUCAUGUCAAAACUAAAGGAUACCGAUCCGGCUAAAUUUCAUUUUGGCAACUCGGUGAAAUUGUAUGCCAUCAGUCAAGAUAAAUGGUUUUUGGAGAACGACAUUCCAAAGGGUCUAAUAAUUGCCAUCGAUAUGACCGGGGCCAAAUUGGGUCAUAUACCGCGCAUAAAUUUGCUGCAUCUGAAAAAGGCAUCAUAUUUUCUUCAAGAAGCCAUACCCACCCGUCUCGUUGGCCUACAUUUCCUCAAUGCCACAUCUCUAAUGGAUCGAUUUUUAGCCGUAAUACAACCGUUCCUCAAGAAGGAACUACUCGAUAUGUUACACGUACACACCACCAUGGAUACGUUCUAUAAAUUUGUGCCACGUGAAAUUGUACCCAAAGAUUUCGGGGGACCUGGUUUGGAAAUGAAAGAAUUGGAGGAAAACUUCUUCCAAUCUUUGCGAGAAUCCCGUUUUGACAUCAUCGAAUACAGUGCCACCCAUCGUGUCAACGAGAAGUUACGUCCAGGCAAGGCAAAACUUAACUCAGAUCUCUUUGGAACCGAGGGUAAUUUUAAGAAAUUGGAUAUUGACUGCAGCGAUCAACAAGCCAUUCAGUGCAACUUUAUCCCUCUAAGUAUUCGUAUCGAAAUUCAAAAGCACAAUCGUACAACAAUGUCUUUCAAACUCUUCAACUUGGACGAACAGUACGCCAAACAUCCCGAAGUGAAACGCGAUGAAGUCCUUAAACUACUAGAUUGGUCAUUGGCCCAACCCCAUCUGCCGAAAAUUACCGAACAUGAGGCAUUGCUUUUCUACUUUGCCUGCAAUUGCAGCAUGGAAUAUGCCAAGUCUGUUUUGGAUUUGAAUUUCACCUGUCGCACACAUUUCGAGGAGUUUUUCGGCAAUGUUGAUAUCGCCACACCCGAAAUGCAACUUGUCCGGCAGACAGUUGCCGGUUUCCCCCUGCAACAACAAACUCCGGAGGGAUAUAUUGUCGUCAUGGUCAAUAUUAUGGAUCCAGAUGCAUCGAAGUUUAAUUUUGUCAAUUCCAUUAAAUUAUACUCCAUUGGCCAGGACAAAUGGAUGUUGGAAAGUGGUGUUAUGUCUGGCCUGAUAUUUGUGUUGGACUUGUCGAAUCUAUCGUUUGGUCACAUUACCAGGAUUGGCAUCUCUUCGUUGAAGAAGGUUAUGUACUAUUUACAAGAAGCCAUACCCGGUCGCUUGGUGGGCUUGCAUUUCAUUAAUGCCAGUAAAAGUGUUGACAAAUUAAUGGUCCUGUUGAAUCCCUUGCUGAAAAAGGAACUUAUGGAUAUGUUCCAUGUCCACACGACCAUGGACACAUUCUACAAAUUUGUGCCACGCGAUAUUCUGCCCAAGGAAUAUGGUGGGCCCGGUGGUGAAUUGAAACAAUUGAAUGAUGCGUAUUUCCAAGGCCUGAUGGACAGCCGCCAGGAAAUCAUCGAUUACAACAACACACAUCGUGUCAAUGAAAAGUUGCGCCCAACCAAGGCCAAACUUAACUCAGAACUCUUUGGCACCGAGGGCAAUUUCAAGAAAUUGGAUAUUGAUAAAAGCCUUGGAUUUGUUGUUCGUAGAUUUUAAUAUUUUUUUAUGAUU